GCCCAGCUAUGCCUGCCUUGAUUAUGCGAAAGGCAUUCUGCAUCCUUCAAACACUCUACCUCAACGAUUGAGAUUUUUUUCGGACUCUUAGCAGUUCACCUCUGGCAACACCUGACCUUAUGAAACCGUAUUUCGAAUCCGUCAAGUCUUUUGCCGAUGUUACUAUAACGGAGAACGGGGUUGACACGGUCACUUUCCUGGAAGCCUCGGAUGGCCUUGUCGAGCUGUUUGGUCUGUUCGGCUCUGCCAUAUUCGAGUUCUUACAAAGCGACCUCCGAACCCAGAUCAAGGGUAUUCGUGCGCGCUACGAAGCCAGAAUGGACCAUUCACGCACCUUGGAAGCGUUGGUGCAAUGCGAUUACCGCGAAGAAUCCGAGGGAAAACCUAUACUCUGUGUGAUUCUCUUGCUUCGAGGAUUGCAUUUCGUCUGCCAGGCGCUUCAACGCGCUCAGAGUGACAAGUCAACUGAGCUGCGGAUAUGCUUUAAGAGGGCCUAUGACGAAGUGCUGCGUCAAUAUCACCCCUUUUUCAUUCGUGAAAUCGCUGCGCUGGCGAUUCGAGCAGUCCCUCGACGUAAUGAUUUCUAUGCCAAGAUUGCACAAGGUGCACCAAUGGAGAAACUUAAUGGCGAGUUGGACAAGUGGCUGGUGGGACUCGACCACAUUGUGCAGCACAUGGGGGGCUUUCUGUCGCAAGGCGGCUAUGGAACGAUCUAGGGUGGAGGGGUGGCGUGUACGUGCUGUUGACUACUGC